GGAGGGAAGGAGGAGGAAGAGGAGGAGGAGGAGGAGGAGAGAAGAUGGCGGCGCUGGGGGAGCCUGUGCGCUUGGAGAGAGACAUCUGUCGGGCUAUUGAGUUGCUAGAAAAGUUGCAGAGGAGUGGAGAGGUGCCCCCACAAAAACUACAGGCUUUGCAAAGAGUCCUUCAAAGUGAGUUCUGUAAUGCAGUAAGGGAGGUAUAUGAACAUGUAUAUGAGACUGUGGACAUCAGCAGUAGCCCAGAAGUGAGAGCUAAUGCUACAGCCAAGGCCACUGUUGCUGCCUUUGCUGCCAGUGAAGGUCACUCCCAUCCUAGAGUUGUUGAACUACCAAAAACAGAAGAAGGGCUUGGAUUCAACAUCAUGGGCGGCAAAGAGCAAAAUUCUCCAAUCUAUAUAUCCCGAAUUAUCCCAGGUGGUAUUGCUGAUAGACACGGGGGAUUGAAGCGUGGAGACCAGCUUCUUUCUGUAAACGGAGUGAGUGUAGAAGGGGAACACCAUGAAAAAGCUGUGGAACUGCUGAAAGCAGCUCAAGGGAAAGUUAAACUGGUUGUACGAUACACACCCAAAGUCCUGGAAGAGAUGGAGUCACGGUUUGAAAAAAUGAGAUCAGCAAAGCGCAGGCAACAGAAUUAAUAUUGUACAUAUAACUUAUGGAUAAGCAUGACUUUUGUCUGCUCCACUCAUGGAAAAUGAUUUUGUAGUUUAAAAGAUGUUAAUUUUGUUAAUCCUUAAAUCUUUUACAAGUUUGUCUUGAACAUCCUAAUGCUUCCUCAGAAGAAAAGUUUACACGGGCAUUUGAAACUAUGUCGUUUUUACAGAUGCUUCUUUACAGUUCAAACCUGUAAUCAUCAAAAGAAAUUAGUAAACUGAUUUUUUAAAAAAUACACUUUAAUAAGCUAUUUUCAGCAUUUGUAACAUCUGUUUUUCUAGUAUUUUUCCCAUUAGGUAUUGUUUAAAACUGGAAAUCUUUAUUUUUGGGUACAGAUAUAAAGCAGGUCUUAUUCUUCUUGGCUCUGAAACAUGUAUCAUCUCCAUGCAGGUAGUCAUAAUUUUAUAGUUAAGUACAAUUUGUACUUUUGAUGAACAAGUUUCUAUGCAUGUUCUAGAUCAUAACUUUAUACUGUUAAUGACAUCUUAAACACUUUCUUACCUCUUUUGUGAAUAAUUUGUAGCAGGCUUUUAUUUAAUGUUUCAGUGACUGACAACUGAGCAGCAAUCAUUCCUGUUAUUUAUACAUACAUUUGUAGUAACCUCUCAACAACUGAAGAAAUAUCAAAACUGUGUAUUUAUAUUUAGUAAGCGAAAGGUUGCAUGCAGUGUAGAAAAAAAAGUUUAUACUUAUUCCUGAAUUUCUCUUGUCUUGUAAUUUACUUUAACCGUGUCUGCUUGUAUCGUUCAUGGAGGAUUAGGCCAUCAAAAGCUAGUAAUGAUGAUGGCUAUAUAUUAUUGGCAGCAGAGGAGCUUGGAGAGCACAGGCCAAAGGAUACCAUUGCACACAGCUUCCUGAUUCUAGAUUUCCCUUACAGACCAGGUUGGCCAUUUUGGGAACAGAAUGCUGGAUCAGAUAUGCCUUUGGUCUGAUCCAGGGCUGCUCUUAUGUUUCCAGUGAUGGUAGAUGUGGCCUACAUCAUGUCUCUUGUUUAUUCCUUGUCAGAGCAUAAGUUCUAUGAAUAUGCUUUUUUGCUAUUUUUAUAGUGACAUAGAAACACUAAUAGAUUUCAGGCAUUCUUUUGUAAAAGUUCAAAGCAAGCAAGACACUCUGUAAGAAAGGAGGACACUCCUAGCUCAAAUGCGUAGAAUUCUGAAACAUAGUUUUUCGCCUGGGCUACUCUUGCAGUCCUGUAAAGAAUUUGGGAAUUGACUAUCAGUGCACCAUAGUAACGGAUGAAAAAUUGGCAAAUGGGUGGGGUGUUAGAAAAUUCCCAGUUUAUUACAAAAUCCUUUCAGGAUUCUAGGAUCCAAAGUAGACCUCAGAAGUACUUUUUUGCAGACAGUCUGUUCAAUUAAGGUAUGGAUUUUGCUUUGAUUAUUCAAACUGAAAAAUAGUUUAUAUUGACCCCUAUCAACUGCUCAUAUUUUCUGAAUUUCUCAUAGAUCUCUGGCUAUUAAGCAGUGUAGAAAUGGACAAUAUUAUUCUCGACUGUGUAGUACCCCAACCUCUAGCUAGAAGGUGCUCUACCUCAAAACACCGAACUCAGUCUGCACUUACCUCUGCUUUUGUAGAUUGCACUGGCAAACAAAAAACAUUUUGCGUCAUGAUUUUCAGCUGAGCCCUGGCCAGUAGAAACGCAUAUAUGGGCUAUCGGAAAUAUGUCAGCAGCUGAAGCAGUUUUAUCUCCUGGCUGUUGCUACUAAUCUGGUUACUAAAAAGUCAGGAAGCUUGUCAGGCCUGUGUUUGCUGUAGAAUUCUGGAUAUGAGCUAGCCGAAAACUGGUGAUGGAUAUGGUGUCCUGUUCCAUUUUAAGCUGUGUUCUUGAAAUUCCCAUGUCAUAAUCAAGGAUUAGACAUUUGAACCUUAUUUAAACUGAGCACUGCUUAGCUAGAGGGAGCUCUACUGUUUAACUAUGGGGGCUUGUCAGCUACUUACAGCUGUUUAAAACUAGCUGCCAAUCUAGAAUUCUUACAGCAGAUGUUUUGAGCCAUGACAACAUUUUGCUGGGGUUUCAGCCAUUAAAAAAGUGGAUGGUUCAGUGGUAUAAAACUGAGCCUGCAACCCAGUCUUUACUGUGUUAUUCAGAAAUAAGCAACAUGGGUUUUGCUGGGAUUUAUUUCUGAAUAAUUGUGCUGAGAAUGGUAGCCUCAGGGCUGCAUCCAGUAACACAUGAGUGAAUAUCCACUCAGGCAUUAAAACCUCCCCUUCUCUGAAGCAAAUGUAGGAGGAUGCAAGCAUGAACGAGGAAUCUGGUUUGCUGGUAGGCAGACAACUUUGGAAACAGCCCAUGCUUGACAAUAUCAACCAGUUUUCGUCAUUUUGUUUUUCUUCCAUUACCCUGUUAUGUUUUAAUUCAGCUUCAGGUCAGUGUGUUUAUCUCUUCUAACAUAGCAAUAUCCUAGUGAUAAGUAAGAGAGUACUUGUUUUCCUUUCCACAGAACCCCUGUAAAGAACAUUUCCAUUAGGCAGUAGAUCCCUGCUUCUGUCCUUUUCCCAAGUAUUCUUGCACUUAUGUCCCCUAUGGAUUAAAAACCAAGAAUCAAAGCCCUACAUAGCAUUAUUUUAAUUGUCCACUAGAUGUCAGUAUUCAGCUGGAAAUGCAUUUGAGUCGUUAUGAGCAAGUGUCCUGUAACAAAUGUCUGAAGAACUAGAAUUACAGUACAUGCAGUCAAAUAUAAGCAAAUAUCAGUAGAUUUUUGCUUUCUAAUCACAGAAUAAAAAUUAUUAGUCAGGAUGAUCAUGUUGAAAAAUGAAGAGACCUAGUAGGGUUGGUACAAAUUUUCUGAACAUUUAGCUAUCACAAGCCUUCCUGUAACAGCAGAAUGUUAGUUAGAAUGUUAGAAACUCAACAACUGUAUGAGUUUCUUUAGUCUUUUAAUUAUGACUGAGCACUGAACUGCAUCGUUUAACCUUGUAGCCUGCUGCAGGAGGCAAGAAGUAGAAUCAUGUUAUUGAAUUGUAUAUUUUUUAUGGAGCAAUUGAUAUUUAAAGUAUUGAGACCAAAAAUAGUUGGGCCAAUCAUGAAGUAUUUUAAUUGUAUGAUAAUAGAUUUGUGUUGGAGCUUCCUCUAUUUCUAUAUUUUUUAAAGAAUGAAAUAGGAUCAAUUAAAGACUACUAUAGAGUUUGUUCUCCUAAUGUUUAAUGGAUAUAGCGAUGUGUUCCAUUACUCUAAAAAGUAGUUUGGGCUAGCCAGGGCUGCUGUAGAAAAGUAAAUUGAGUACAGACUUAGAGUUAUGUGACGGUAAAUCCCAUUCAAUUCUUCCCUUUAAGACUUUACUUCUCAAUAGACAUGUACAGGUUUUCCCAGUUAGGGAUUUUUAUUCUCAAGUCCACCUUUUGGAUUCAGCAAACCUCCAGAACCUAUUGGAUUUAAGUUAUGAUAGGGAGGAUGACAGAUAGUAGGAAAGUAUUUGUUGCCUCCAGUCUUACAAAAUAGCCAUAAUCAUUGCUUAGAACCGGAGUGAGAUUGGGGCUGAAUUAAUUUUGUGUGCCAUCAGAUCACUAGAAACUCUGAAAGAGUCAAAAAGAGUCUUAUGUAUAUUCAGUCUUUUUUGUUUGUUGCUCCAGUCCAUGAAAUUUCGUAAGUGGAUCUUGAGACCAGGUUGAAAGCCAAUAUUUUAAAGUAAGAUUAAAUUCUUUACAGAAUUAAGAAAUGAACAUAAGUAAUACUACUGAGCAGGUGCAGUUCUAUAUUGUAUUGGCGUGUGCACAUAAGCAAUAAUUAAUAACCAGCAGAUUCAAAUUAAUACUGUGUGUGUAGUCUCUAUGUUCUUAUUGCUGCUUGAGGGCCCUGUGGUGAUUCUGAUUUUGUUUUUGGAAUGGGAAAAUAAAGAAUUGAACCUUCA